GUUCUCUCGUCGUCUCAUCUCGGAUGUCCGGUGCGACUUUACACCACUGUUUACGUUGAUCGAUAUCGAUCUGACACGGAUCUGGGGAGUCUUUGUACCGAACAUUAGUCCACUAAUCGGUCAACAAACCGUUGGAAGUUUUUGAAGUCGGUCCCGCUGGCUCAUCUGAGUAUCCGGAAAUGAUCCUGGUUCAGAACGUUCACAUCAGGAAGUUAGUUCUACUACACGCGAUCUAUGUUAGCGUUUUUUCAUUCCUGGAUCUUGUUCUGGAGAUAGCUCUGCAGAGUGGUCACUAGCUGACACCAAAUCAUACAAUCUGAUUUUAACCCUAACCGUAACUACACUGCUAACCCCGAUGCCAAUUUUUUGAUGUUGACAAUAUAGACAUUUUGACAUUUGCAGCUGGUCAUACAAAGGGAAAAUCGCUCAGUACGGCCUCCAGGACAAGACUCAUGACAAUAAAUGUCAACCUGCUAUUUAUUUGUCAGCUGAUGUGAGUGUGUGUGUGUGUGUGUGUGUGUGUGUGUCAUAUUGUGUGUAACCUAGUGUUUUUUCUAUAGAGUGUGUGUUAUGGUGUGCGUCUGUUAUAGAGUGUGUGUUGUAAAGUGUGUAUUAUAGACUUUGUGUAUUGUAUUAUCAGUGUGUGUAGCCUAGUGUGUUUGUGCGUGUGUGUGUGUGAGUGUCUGUGUUGUAAGAUAUGCGUGUUGCAGAGUGUGUGUUAUAGUAUGUUUUAGUAUGUGCGUGUGUGUUAUAGAGUGUGUGUUGCAGAGUGUGUGUAGCCUAGUGUGUGUUAUUAUAGAGUGUGUGUAGCCUAGUGUGUGUUAUUAUAGAGUGUGUGUUGCAGAGUGUGUGUAGCCUAGUGUGUGUUAUUAUAGAGUGUGUGUUGCAGAGUGUGUGUAGCCUAGUGUGUGUUAUUAUAGAGUGUGUGUAGCCUAGCGUGUGUUAUGGAGAAGUAUGAGAACUUGGGUAUGGUCGGUGAGGGAAGCUACGGCAUGGUCAUGAAGUGUCGUCACAAGGAGAACGGGAGGAUCGUGGCCGUUAAGAAGUUUCUGGAGUCAGAGGACGACAAGACAGUCAAGAAGAUCGCUUUGAGAGAGAUCAAGAUGUUGAAGCAACUGCGCCAUGAGAACCUAGUCAACCUGCUGGAGGUGUGGAAAAAGAGACGUCGCUGGUACCUGGUGUUUGAGUUCGUAGAACGUACGGUGCUAGAUGACCUAGAACAGAGUCCAACGGGACUAGACUACAGCCGCCUAAGAAGAUACGUCUACCAGAUACUACGGGCUAUCUCCUUCUGCCAUCAACACAAUAUCAUCCAUAGGGACAUCAAGCCAGAGAACAUCCUGGUAUCUCAGGGUGGGGUGGUCAAGCUGUGUGACUUCGGGUUCGCCAGGACAAUGGCUGCACCAGGAGAGAAUUACACGGACUACGUCGCAACACGCUGGUACAGGGCCCCAGAACUACUGGUGGGGGACACCAAGUACGGGAAGGCGGUAGAUGUGUGGGCUGCAGGCUGUCUCUUCGUAGAGAUGUUGACAGGAGAACCUCUGUUUCCUGGUGACUCUGACAUCGACCAGUUAUACCACAUCAUCAGGUGCUUUGGCAACCUGACCCCUCCCCACCAGGAGUUGUUCUAUAAGAACCCAGUGUUUUCAGGAGUCAGUCUACCGCAGGUGACAGAGACAGAGCCUCUACAACAACGAUAUCCUAAACUGUCCACCACCGCUGCAGACCUUACACAGGGGUGUCUCCAGAUGGAUCCAGACAGGAGGUCACAGUGUUCUGAUCUGCUGCAGCACCAACUCUUCACUAACGAUGGCUUCCACCUCAGGUUUGUCCAGGAGUUGAAUGCUAAGAUCCAGAAGGAUCAGAAAGAGAACUCUCCCCUUCCCAAGAUGAACAAGACUACCAAGAAAGACAAGGAGGAAGUAGAGGAGAGGACUGGGAAGUACAAGGACUCCAGCAGUACAACAGUCAAAGUGAACGUCACCAAACCAGACGUCACCAAACUCUCCAAAGCUCCAACCGCCACAGAGUCUAAACCCCGAGACCCGGACAAGACAAUAGAGUCAACCACUGCUAUGACCACUACUGCAGCUGUUAAACCUGAGAAGGCUGACUGGACCACAGAGAGCCAGGCGGUCGCGGUUCACCACGGUCGAACCACCACCGUGAGUCUGAGCAACACUAUCGCCAUCAAACCCAGAGUGGAAGAACCAGAGAGGACCGUAGAGGACCAUGAUCCAACCAUAGGACCAACCCAGGACCAACCUCUACCUCUUAUCCCUCCCCUCUCACUCACCUUCACACAGACACCUUCACACAACCUACUGGCUGUCGUCGCCCAUGGCAACGGCAACCUGGGCGGAGUUGGGGGGGCCUCAACCCGGAACACUCGGUCUGAGGUCAAUAGACAAGUCUAAAAGACACGUAAACAUUUUCAACAGAAUCUCACAGCAAUCUCUCUCCAGUCAUUUCACGGGCAAUCUGAUGGCUCAGAUGAUAUCAGAGAAGAGUGUGAUCCACGAACGUUCCUUCCUGUCCGACCGCGAGCGUGACCGAGGAGACCGUGAGCGUAUGGCUACG